AUGAAGUUCAUUAUUGCAGGUUAUUAAAGUGCUAACUCUAUUUAAAUACUAUUUAGGUCUGAAUAAGGAGAAACAUUCACUUUUUUUGUUCAUAUCAUUUUAUAUGUACUACCUUUCAUAUCCAGCAGAGGCGAUGGUGUGUUUCCACAGGUAAAGCACUGAAAAUAGAGCUGUAACCAUUCCUCACUUCUUUUCCACCCCCCUCCUCUCUCUCUCUCUUCCUCCGGCUUUCAUCUCUUUAUCUGCAGUGGAAACUGUGUGUGAGUUUAGAAAAUCACUUGCGUCAGAGCUCCUUUCUGGCUAUAUAAGCUGCACUGACUGCGGUAGGAGCAGCAGAUCAGUGUUUGAGGGCUGAUCGAGCUGACUGUGGUACUGAGGCACAGAGCAGCUUCUCCUUGGAGCCAUGAGUGCCAUCGGGUUUGACCCCUACUUCUCGUCCUCGUACAAGCGCUGGUAUGUGGAGAGCAGCCCCCGGGUUUCUCAGCGUGGUCGUUCUCGCACCACUUUUUCCGCCCAUCCCCCUUCUCUCUCCUCAAGCCGCCUCCACUAUGCCUCCCCCGGCAGGACCUCCGCCGGACUGCUGCUGAGCAGCUCUGGCCGCUCUGUGGACAUGGACAUCAGCCAUGCCACCCAGGUAAGCUCCGAAUUCCGGGCAGUGCGAACUCAAGAGAAGGCCCAGCUACAAGAGCUCAACGACCGCUUCGCCGGUUACAUCGAGCGUGUCCAUGAACUAGAGCAGCAGAACCGUGCCCUGGAGGCUGAGCUGCUAAUGCUGAGACAGAGGCAUGUGGAGCCUUCCCGCCUGAGGGGCCUGUACGAGCAAGAGGUCCGCACUCUGAGAGCCGCUGUCGAGGAGGCCCGCAUGGAAAGGCAGGCUGCGCUGAGCCACCGUGAGAGUAUGGAAAAUGCAUUGCGGAGCCUGCAGGCCAGCUACGAGGAAGAAGUGGUCGCCCGCGAGGACACCGAAGGCAGGCUUCUGGAGGCCCGCAAGGAGGCCGACGACGGCACUCUGGCUCAGGUGGAGCUGGAGAAGAAGGUUGAUACGUUGCUAAAUGAGCUGGCGUUCCUGAAGAAGGUCCACGAGGGUGAGAUCUCAGAGCUGCAGGCCCAGAUUCAAUUUGGAGCCCAGUUCGCCACUGAGGCGGAGACCGCCAAGCCCGAUCUGUCCAGUGCCCUGCGUGACAUCAGAGCCCAGUACGAGAAGCUGGCAGCCAAGAACAUCCAGUCAGCUGAAGAAUGGUUCCGUGGGAAGAUGGGCUACCUGACAGAGAGUGUGGUGCACCACACUGACGCAGUGAGGAACUCCAAGGAUGAAGCGGGAGAGUAUCGCCGCCAACUUCAGGCAUGUGUCCUUGAGAUCGAUGCCUACAAAGGUCUGAAUGAUUCUCUGGAGAAGCAGCUCAGGGAGGUGGAGGACAAGCAGAGUGCAGAGAUUGCAGCCAUGCAGGGUACAAUCAGUGACCUUGAGGAUGAGCUUCGAGCUACUAAGGGCGAAAUGGCGAGAUACCUUAAAGAAUACCAGGAUCUUCUCAAUGUCAAGAUGGCACUUGAUAUUGAGAUAGCUGCUUACAGGAAGUUGCUUGAGGGGGAGGAGUCUCGCUUCAGUGUGGGUGUGGGAGGAUUGGUCGGUGCUUACUCUGUUGGUCCGGUUUACUCCCGACCCAUGUUCUCACUGUCCACCCUGAGCUCUGGUGCCCCCUACCUGUUUGGAUCUCGCCAGGUUAGUGCAUCCCUCUCAGCCGAUGAGGCCAUCACAUCCAGUCAAGCUCAAGAAGCUGCUGCCAGUCCUACCAAGGAAGAAGAAGAGGAGAAAGAGGAAGAAGAGGAAGUAAAGGAAGAGGAAGCGGAAGAGAAGGAGGAAGAAGUUGCUGAACAGGAAGAGGAAGCUGGAGCAGAGGAAGAGGAAGCUGGAGCAGAGGAAGAGGAAGCUGCAGCAAAGGAAGAGGAAGCUGGAGCAGAGGAAGAGGAAGCUGGAGCAAAAGAAGAGGAAGUUGCAGCAGAGGAAGAGGAAGCUGCAGCAGUGGAAGAGACUGAAGAAAAGGAAGAUGUUAAAGGGGAAGAAGAGGAAGGAGAUGAAAAAGAGGGAGGUGGGAAAGAGGGAGAGGAGGAAGAGGGAGAGAAAGGUGAGGAGGAGGAAGUGGCUGCAGAGGAGGAUACUAAGACAGAGAAAAGUGAGGAGAAAGCUGACACAAGUGCUGAUAAGGCCAAAGAGGAUACAGAGGCAGACAAGGAAGACACUAAAAUAGAAAAAGACAAGGUAGAGAAGGAAACUGAGAGGGAAAAAGUUGAGCCUAAGGUUGAAAAAGCCAAAGAGGAAGUUGAACCUGAACCAGCCAAAGAGAAAGCCAAGGUGAAAACCGAACCUGUACCUGAACCAGAGUCAAAGGAUAAAGGCAAGGAAGAGCCAGAGAAACCCAAAGCUAAGGAAAAGGCAGAGCCAGAAAAGCCGAAGGGAAAAGAUGAAGGUGAGAAAGGCAAGAGUGAGAAAAAGGAAAGCGUAAAGCAGGAAAAGGGAAAGGAGGAGGCCGAGAAACCCAAGGGGAAGAAGUAAUGAGUCAGAUCUGUAACAGCACAAAUACCAGUAGCUUGACCUGCUUCUCUAGUUCUCCUUCAGUCUGUAACUAUCAAUAUGCCUUGAUCAAUGGUGCUCAGGGCAUUUGAAAUCACAUUCAUCUGAUGUCACUGAGAUGAUCUACGUAUCUGAGUGAAUGUAUGCUUGUGAAGUAGAUUAUAUUUUCGAAUGAGGCAUAAGUCUUGCAAUAGAUUGUAAAAAGUGAAUCUUUGCUGCCAGUGCAAUAAAAACAUGCUUCUUGAAGAUCAAAAA